AUCCCGGGGCCGCGGGGAGGCGGCGAGGGAAAGUGUUAACAUUUAUCCCCGAGCUGUGUUUCGGCGACACCGGCGGGGCCGCUCGGAAAGGAGCCCUCCGCCCACCCUCACCCCCAAACAGGAGCUGGAGGUAUCGCGACGUCUCGGGGUGAAAUAGGCGAAACUGGACUUUCAGAAUGUUGAGUAACUCCGAGCAUCUCUGGGAAGGCUUUUGAUUCACCGCGUGUAAAGUAUGCUCAGUUCCUUUCCAGUGGUUUUGCUGGAAACCAUGUCUCACUAUACAGAUGAACCCAGAUUUACCAUAGAGCAGAUAGAUUUGCUGCAGCGCCUGCGGCGUACUGGAAUGACUAAACAUGAAAUCCUCCAUGCCUUGGAAACUUUGGACCGUCUUGAUCAAGAGCAUAGUGACAAGUUUGGGAGAAGGUCCAGCUAUGGAGGAAGUUCCUUCGGAAACAGUACCAACAAUGUUCCAGCCUCUUCCUCUACAGCUACAGCUGCCACACAGACCCAGCAUUCAGGAAUGUCCCCAUCGCCUAGCAACAGUUAUGACACAUCCCCGCAGCCUUGCACUACCAAUCAAAAUGGGAGGGAGAAUAACGAGCGGUUGUCCAUAUCCAAUGGAAAGAUGUCACCAACUCGCUACCAUGUAAACAGCAUGGGUCAGAGGUCAUAUAGUUUUGAAGCUUCAGAAGAGGACCUAGAUGUAGAUGAUAAAGUGGAGGAAUUAAUGAGGAGGGACAGCAGUGUGAUAAAAGAGGAAAUCAAAGCCUUUCUUGCCAAUCGGAGGAUUUCCCAAGCAGUUGUUGCACAGGUAACAGGUAUCAGCCAGAGCCGGAUCUCUCACUGGCUGUUGCAGCAGGGAUCAGACCUGAGUGAGCAGAAGAAAAGGGCAUUUUAUCGAUGGUAUCAACUUGAGAAGACAAACCCGGGGGCUACACUAAGUAUGAGACCAGCCCCCAUUCCAAUAGAGGACCCUGAGUGGAGACAAACGCCUCCCCCAGUCUCUGUCACAUCUGGCACCUUCCGACUACGACGCGGAAGUCGAUUUACCUGGAGAAAGGAGUGUCUGGCUGUCAUGGAGAGUUACUUCAAUGAGAAUCAAUACCCAGAUGAAGCAAAGAGAGAAGAAAUUGCAAACGCUUGCAAUGCAGUCAUACAGAAGCCAGGCAAAAAACUGUCAGAUCUGGAACGAGUAACCUCCCUGAAAGUAUAUAAUUGGUUUGCUAACAGGCGGAAGGAGAUCAAGAGGAGAGCCAAUAUCGAAGCAGCAAUCCUGGAGAGUCAUGGGAUAGACGUACAGAGUCCAGGAGGCCACUCCAACAGUGAUGACGUCGAUGGAAACGACUACUCAGAGCAGGAUACUUGGCAAGUACGCAAUGGGGAGGAGGAGGAGGGAAGAAGUUCAGAGGGAGGCAGAGAAGCAGAGAAGGAUGACAGCACCAGCCACAGUGACCACCAGGACCCCAUCUCAUUAGCUGUGGAAAUGGCGGCCGUCAACCACACGAUCUUGGCAUUGGCCCGACAAGGAGCCAACGAAAUCAAGACAGAGGCCCUGGAAGACGACUGAUCAGGGAGGUGAACACGAGCAGUUAACUUAGUGUAGACGUAGCACCUUAGCAGACUUUCCUCGGUCCUUAACAUGUGUUCUUACAGUAUAACUUGCAGUUUCUUGUAUGUCAGUUAGCCGUUAGGGUCUUGUUCUGUGAAGAUGGCAUGGUGCCCUCAGCCUUUGCAUAUACUCUCUCAGUAUUAAUUCCCAGUAAAUAAUAACCAACCAACCAAACUUCCCUCUCCCAGCCCCCGAGGCUAGAAAAUCUUGCUGCUCUGUCUUAGCAUUCCAAGAAAGUGCUCCCAGGUAUUUAGAUAGCCCUCAAUUCUCGAAUAUUAGGCUACAUGUAGACCUUGGGUACCUGUAGAUUCCUGUAACACUAGUCGGCACCCCUUGUUCUUCCCCAAGAAUGACAGGAUGCAAGCUGAGGUAGCGCAGCCCAGGAUUGACAGACCGUUGGGGAGUGUCCGCAGAGUAAAAGGAACACUAGGACCCCACCUCGGCGCGGGAAGGAUUGAGUUCCAGCUGCAAUAAGCCGUGCCUCCUAUCAGUCACACCGUGGCUAGAUUAUACUUCUUUGGGUGCUGUGCUGAGAAUGUCCAUGGAAACGCUCGGUCUCAGAUGUGGGUUGAUGUUACAUGCCUGACACAGACAUCCUUUCCUCUCACGAGCUGUGUGACCUAGUCCAUAAAAUACUGCCUUCUGCCUUUGGGACCAUGAUUAAAACAAAAGACAAGAAACAAAAGUCAU